AAGUUGGCCCAAAGCUGGGGUUGAGUUUCACCACCCUGUUUUCACCCGUUUAACUCCCCCGCCCACAGUUCACAGAGCCGCCCCAUCUCCGCCCUCUUCCGCCCGCCGCCCGCCACCGCUCUCCGCCCCCUCGAGUGGCCCGCCGAAGUCGCUCGCCGCCGGGGGCUCGAAGUCGUGUCGCCUUCAGCUGUCCUUCGUUCGCUUCCCUUGCUGCUCAGGUCUGGCCAUCUAAAAUGCUUUCAAAGUCCCAAAUUGCAAAGCUUUUAUCCUGUUCGGUUUCUCAAAGAAAGACUGAAUUGUAUGUUGCUUCAAGUUGCUACUUGUGCAACUCCUUUUGUUCUGUCACUAAGCCGCCUGAGAGAAAUGAGUCACCGGAGAUCCCAAGCUGGGUGAAGUCCCUUGAUGACAAGAGCCAUGGAAGUCCUGAUGCAGAGGAUAAUUUUGUGAUCCCUUCCCUCGCUUCUUGGGUUAAGAGUUAUGGGCCAUACGGUCGUACUGAAGUUGCCAAGGUUACAUCAAGUGACAUAGGAGAAAUUAACGUUGAGAAAGUCUGCAAACUUUUGAGGAAUCGUUAUUCAUCACCAGAUUGUGUUGUUGCAGCUUUGAAUGCUAGUGGUGUUGGUUCUUCAAGCAGUAUGAUUGAGCGAAUUUUGAAGAAGUUUAGCAAUGAUUGGAUCCCAGCUUUUGGUGUUUUCACUUGGGCAAAACUACAAAUGGGUCACCAUCAUCCAUCUGUGUUAUGUGAUCUAAUGGUUGACAUAUUAGGGAAAUCAAGUAAGUUCCAUUUGAUGUGGAAAUUGGUGGAGGAAAUGAAGACAUUAGAAGUAUAUGUUACACUGGCAACUAUGAGUAAGGUGAUGAGACGGCUUGCUAGAGCAGGUAAGUAUCAAGAUGCGAUAGAGGUCUUUAAAGAAAUUGAGCAAUUUGGUGUUAAGAGGGAUAUUACUGCAAUGAAUGUGCUAAUGGAUGCAUUGGCUAAGGAAAAUAGCGUUGAGCAUGCCCAUGAAGUGUUUUUGCAGUUUAAGGCAAGUAUCCCAUGUGAUAUCAAUAGUUACAAUAUUUUGAUACAUGGAUACUGUAAAUGUAAACAAUUCGAUAAUGCAAGAAAAAUUUUGGAAGAGAUGGAGCAACAAGGGUUUGAACCUAAUGUAAUUUCUUAUACUUGUUUUGUCGAAUGGUAUAGUCGUGAACAGGAUUUUCAUAAUGUAAAUGCCAUUCUGGAUGAAAUGAAGAAAAAGGGUUGUUCGCCAAAUACGGUGACUUAUACUAUUUUAAUGCAAGGUUUGGGGAAAGCAAAACAAAUAAAUGAUGCACUGGAGGUCUAUGAAAAUAUGAAGAGCAUUGGUUGUGCUCCGGAUCCCUCCUUCUAUAGCUCAUUGAUUUAUAUCUUGAAUAAAGCUGGUAGAUUUCAGGAUGCAUGGAAUGUAUAUGAAGACAUGGGAAAACAAGGAGUUAAACCAGAUUUGUUGACAUAUAACACAGUAAUUGCUGCUGCUUGUGUACGUUCACGAGAAGAGACUGCUUUGAAGAUUCUUAAGAAAAUGGAAGAAGAUUCUUGUAAGCCAGAUCUCAAGACAUAUGCAUCUCUAAUAAAGAUGUGUUGCAGAAAGAAGAGAAUGAAGGUUCUUCAAUUUUUGUUGAACCACAUGUUUAAAAACGAUGUCAGUAUCGAAGUCUCAACUUACUCUCUCUUGGUACGUGGGCUUUGCAAAUCUGGGAAACUUGAGGAGGCUUGUUUGUUCUUUGAAGAAAUGGUGUUGAGAGGAAUAGUCCCAUGGGAAACCACAUACAAAUUGCUGGUACAGAAGCUUGAUGGAAUGAGCAUGGGAAAACAAAAGGAGCACAUUGAGAAGAUAAUGUCAGAGGCAAAAGAGUGGGGGAAGAUUUGAUUGUGUUUGAGAGGAAAAAAGCUAUUCAGAUUUGUACUAUUUGUUAUCUAAAGGAUUUUGCAGUUUCAAUGU